AUGGACGGCUUUAACUCCGCAAUCAACAGCUCCGGGUUAUCUGACCUUGAAAUUCAUGGUCACAAAUUCACAUGGGAUAGAGGCAGAGGCACCCCUCACUGGUCCAGGAGUGUCUCCCAGUCCUGGUUGGAGCUUUUUGACAGAGCUGUAGCUGAAUUGGUUAUCACCCCGGUCAGCGACCAUUUACCUGUAAUCAUGCAGCCGAUUCCCACUAUCAAGAGCAAAAGAAAACCCAAGUUCAAGUUCGAAAAUCUAUGGCUCAAAGAAUCUGAUUGCAGAACACUUGUUGCAGAAUCCUGGCAUUCUUCUCGUGGCGCAAAUCUUAUCAUCAGACUCAAUUCUUGCAGCAAGGCCCUAUAG